AUGGAGUCAACCCCCUCCCCUCCGCCCGAGCGUGCUCUUUCGCCAGAGCCAUGGAUUUCGCCCUCGCUCGCACUGCAUGCUGUGCCGCAGCUCGACCGCUCAGUGUCAACGGCAUCUGAUGUCUCGUCCGUCUCCGGCCGCUCGGCGAGUUCGAGACUUUCCGAUAGUGGCAUACCUGGCAGGAGGCGGGGGUACAUGCGACCAGAAGGAACAGAAUUCUCUCGGUCUGCAAAGAAUAGAGAGAGUGUCAUGAAUCUGGGCACAAUAGCACAUUUGCAGUACUACUUCGCUCGAACCGGCCUGCUGGACGAGGCGACAGGUCGAGUUGCGAAGAAGCGUAAGAACGGCUCAAGGACAGCAAGUGGGUCGGAACGGCCGCUCUCAGACAUCGAGGGCGACAUGUCUGCGCUCUCACUUGGGACCGGGGAUCAACUGGGAGAGGGUCUCGUAGAGUCUCCCAUCGACGACAAUGCAUCCAUGAUCUGGGACGACAACGAGCCAGUCAUGCUUCCGCCUACCGUGAGCACGUACAAGAGCACCCCAGUUUACGUACCUCCACCGCCCGACAUGACGAUCCUGCGUCGGGAACUACGCGAGUCGCUCGAGGAAUGCACAAAGCACUUGCAAGAGCUUGAGAAAGGCCACAGCAACGGGACCGUGGCAGAUAUCUCCCUUGCAGAUGGAGCCGGAGGCCGGCAGUCUGCAGAGGCGCCCGGAUGGCACCAGAUUCAGGGCCUAAAUCUACUCGACGUGGCAACUCUCGCGAUUCGCGCGGCGAAGAACUACUACACGGCGCACGAGAACCCUCAGCGACUGUACUCCAUCAAAUCGGAGCGGAUGAUACGCAAGGAACUAUACGAUGUGCUCGAGGUGCUGAAGCGCUUAGCUAUACGUAACUUCGCCAAUGGUGUGUCACCCGCCGAAGUGGUCAGCAUCAAAGAGUGGGUCGAGGACAUCGGCACGCUACUAGACACCGAAGAAGAAAAGGAGCACGCGGAACAAGAAGAACGGGAGAACUGGUCCUGGCGCGAGGGCGACUGGACUGGAAAAGAGAGGGAAAGAGAGCUACUAUUCCUAAAAUCAUUCGACUCCGUUCCAGAACCGCUACCGGAUUGGACAAGCCCCGAGGGCGCGGAAUUGCCCACACCCUUCCUGGCUACUUUACAGAAUGGACUGCGGCUCAUCCAUCUGCACAACAGCCUUGUCAAGAAGUCCCCUAAGCACUUCGAAGAGAUCAAGCAGUACCAUACAGAUACCGCAAAGCCAUAUCGAUGCGCUGAUAACCUGCGCUAUUGGGCCAAAGCCGCCGAGCUACGUUGGGAUGUCAAGAUCGAGAUCGAUGCCAUGGGCGUGGUGCAGGGAAUCGACGGCGAAGCAUGGCGAAAGUUCGACGACGCGCUUAUGAAAUGGUGCAAGGGCGUCCGCGAGGAGAUCGUCAAAGAGUGGAAGCAGCAGAAGAGCCUAGUUCGGGCGCCAACUCUCCAAAUUGAUACCGACUUCGAGGUCUCGUAG